AAAUAUACUUGAUUCAGAUAACUACAGUCCCAUCCCAGUGACAAAUGAAGAAGUUUAUAAGAAAAUAGUUGGACAGUUCCCGUUCCAGGAUGCAGAGCUUGAAAAGCAACCGUUUCCAAAGAAGUUCCCCUUUUCCGAGUUUGUGCCUAAAGUUUACAAUCAGAUUAAGGAAUUCAUCUACGCCUGUCUGAAGUUUUCCGAAGACCUUCAUCUGAGCUCCACCGAAGUUGACGACAUGAUUAGAAAAUCUACGAAUCUGCUGCUGACCCGGACGCUGAGCAACUGUUUACAGAAUGUCAUCAAGAGGAAAAACGUCGGGCUGACAGAGCUUGUACAGAUUAUUAUAAAUACGACCCAUUUGGAGAAAUCCUGCAAGUUCCUAGAGGAGUUCAUAACCAAUAUCACUAAUGUACUUCCAGAAACUGUCCACACUACGAAACUCUACGGGACCACAACCUUCAAGGACGCCCGCCACGCUGCCGAGGAGGAGAUUUACACUAACCUCAACCAGAAGAUAGAUCAGUUUGUGCAGCUGGCGGACUACGACUGGAUGGCCAUGGAGCCGGGCAGCAGGGCCAGCGACUACCUUGUGGAUCUCAUCGGCUUUCUCCGCAGCACGUUUGCUGUCUUCACCCACCUCCCGGGGGAUGUAGAUGUCCACUCUACAAUGUCGGGGAAGGUGGCGCAGACGGCUUGCAUGUCGGCGUGCAAGCACCUCUCCACCUCGCUGAUGCAGCUGCUGCUGGAAGCCGAAGUGCGGCAGCUGACGCUGGGCGCCUUGCAGCAGUUCAACCUGGACGUGGAGGAGUGUGAAC